UUCCAUAAGAAUGCAAUUUCGAUCCUCAUUCAAGUGGGAGUUGGUCGUUACUUCCUCAAUCUCUAGGGGUAGAAAUGUCUUGAAUUUUCCCAGGGAAUACACCAGAAAUUGUUUAAUGAACUCUGACAGGAAGAUCUAUCUUAUUGAUGUUGCAUCUGGAAGAGUUUACAAUUCAAAGAUUUUCACUUCAGGUCAAAAUAAAGAAAACAGAUAUGUUUACUCUUGUUGGAAGAAAUUUGUGACUGAGAACAACUUGAAGUUCAGAGAUAACGUUAUCUUCAAUGCCACCACUGGUGAUAAUGUUAUCGAAGUCCAGAUCCUGCGUCGUCGCCGUCGUUCACGUUAGUUAAUUUGUUGAUUUUCUUAUGGGUGUAUUGAUUUUAGUGUUAUUCGUUUUGAUUUAUUUCCUGGGCUCUUGUGGUUGUAUUGUAUCAGAGUUUUUAACUAAUGGUGUUUUUAUUUCUCUUGGACUAUGAUGAAAAAUAUAAUUGUAUUG